ACUAAACCGAGCUGCACAAACCAGGAACAAGAGAUAGGCAUCUCAGAUGAGAACAUGAGUGGAAACACAGAGAAGCCAGAGAAGGAAGAAGACAGCCAGAACAAGUCAUGUCAAAUAGAAACCGAGACAUUGCUUGACAGACUUCAUCUUCAAGGCAAAAUUCAACAAAAGUUGUCACCAGCAGAUUUUCUUCAAAUACGUCCACCUGUGAAACAGAUCGACCAUGUAGAAUCUGACAAAGAUCUAGCUCACACUUUUCUCCAUAGGCUGAUAAUGUUGGACUACAGGGCCAGAUAUAUUUCUGUAAGAUCAAGCUGUCAGAUCAAGGAGUCGUUCAAAGCCUCCUCCAGUGACUGGGAUGUUUUUGUGAGCAGCAGUGUGGACACACAUAAGAAAGACAAGGUUUCUGUGCAUCCAAUGGACAUUCAGAUGGCAGUAUUUCACUACUCAGACAGCUUUCUGAAACAGAUGAUGGUUACAAAGCUCUCUCAGUGUCAGUAUGCCUUACCUUUGCUUGUUCCUGACCCAGUCACAAAGGAGAUUCAGUUUCCUCUGUGGACUUUCAGAGAAAUAACAAAAACCUGGAAGGUAACUCAAAUCAAAGAUGACUCAACGAUCGUCACCAUGAAGAGUGUUCCAGUCUACAAAGCUGAAACAACCUUGGUGUCAUUUUUCCGCCUGGGUUCUUUGUCAGUGUCUAAAUCUCAGCUGAUGAACACUUUGAUCAACAACCGUCACGACACCUUCUUCCACAGAAACUGCCCAGGAAGCACCAAGUCUUGCUAUCUGAUGGAUGGUGUGGCAGAGAUUGCCUGGUACUGCCCUGCUGGAAAACCCAAUGAUGCCUUCAGUGACUGCAUUGCCUUUUGCUGA